AUGGCUAAUUUAUUGCCUAGUUUAGCAGCCAUGGACAGAAAUGGGAUAUUGGCAAACGUUACAGCUUUGGGUGUUCUGGCAAUCACCUUGGUGGUCAAUGUUUGCAUCCAAAUACAAACAGGUGUUGUUGUAUCCAAUGGAGGGGAAGCUGCUAAGAUUCUUCAAAUGAUCUCUACAGGAGAUUACGCCCCUAAAGAGUUACUGGUCUCAAAUAAAGUUACCUGUUCCACAAUAGCCAUAAUUUAUUCGGCUCUGCUACUCUUGUUAAUAAUACAUAUAUGUUCAUCUUUAGCGGUUCUGAAAUCCAAAGAGAUUAUAGAACUUCAGUACCAACAACGUCAUGAAGAAGCUUCAAGUGACGUUCAAGAAUCAUACAGAACAUACUUAACCCCCGAGAGGCUAUAUGCCCAUGUGAGGAAGUACUGGAUCAUGGCGGGAAGUAGCAGCCCCGAAUACAUGAUACCUUGCUCUGUAACCACCACUGCUUCGGGGGUAAUAUGCGCCUUCACCACUAUCUUGCACACUCUAACUUUGAAAUGGGCAAUUUCAGAUAUAACGAGAGGCGACUAUGAUUCAGAUUAUAAGUGGACAACACUGCUGAUUCUCAUAAUGCAGUUUAUUGGGGUCGUAAUUAGUACAGUUGCACCACUUUCUAGAUGUAUUGCAAACUUAAGCUUUUUCAGUAGCAUUUCUAACCAUAUUAGGGUCUUUAAAGUAGAACAAUUCUGGACUCAAAAGUUAUAUGACUGGAAAUAUGGAAGUAUCUCACUCCCAUUCCGUAGCCCCAAACUCAAGAUGAUCAUCGUGCAUCUGAAAAGCCUAAUUCUUAACUUUUGUAUAAUAUUCCAAGAGGGAGUUGUGGUAGUAUGCAAGAUAAUAACAUUGAUCCCAUUUUUCUUUAUGGUAUGUGUCUUGUAUUGCUUGCUUUAUCGGUUAUUGAAGUCGUUAUUCCAUUGCCUGUUUUUUUUAUCCGUGGAAAGGACGGAGUUCAUCUUGCAACUUGAAGAUGAUGUUCAACUCAAACUUUUUGAUAGAACAUCGGAAGCGCUUUCAAAAUCUUUGGAGCAAUUGGUCCAAAAGGGUGAAACAAAACAACCCAUAUAUUUGAUGUACCUAAUUAACAACAAAUGUACUGCAGGUUAUCAAGGAGCUAACACGUUUGACAACAAUGAUCGUCAAAAUUGUUGGAGCUUAACGGUGGUAACACUAACAACGAUUGCCAUUACUCUUCCGAACAUUGAAAAGGUUGAAGUUGAGCGUUUGUACAAAAGUGUGAUGGAAGGUCUUGAAUAUGUCACACUUGUGGAAAAAUUCCUCAAUGCUACUGAUGACCAUAUAAGCACUCAGAAGGCAAAGGCCGCUGAAAGGUUGUGGCAAGAAGUUAAUGUCUUCCACAACUGGUUAGGAAUCAGGUUGAAAGAUAUUUCAUGUCAAUCAAAUUCACAUGCUAGCCAAGUAGAUACAACAAUGCAAAUUGUUCAGUUGUUUUUAGAAAACGCAAGAAACAAACUCGGAAAAGAGUGUGAAGGUCAAGAUAAUGUACCGAACUACACGUCUAUUUGUGCAAACUCAAUGUCUAGUGUCGCUGAAACACUCAUUCGUGACACAGAAAACCACCAGAGAUUGUUUGAUAAUUUAUCAUCAAGGAUUGCUGACAUAAUGGCUGCAUGUCUCACCAACCUACCUCACGUCAUAGCAAUGAUAUGCCACACUGGUGUGAUAGAGAAGAGGGAGGAAAGUGCCCAAGCAGCAGCCAAACUUCUAGGUGAAACCAAGCAGAUAAUCCGCAUUCUUCAAAAUUGUGAUAUCCCAUCUAUGCAUCCGAAUGACUUGCCUUAA